UCCCGCCCCCGCUGCGCCCGUGCCCCCUGCCCUGCCUCUGCCCUCGCCACGCCGCCUGCUGCGGAGCGAGUCAUGGUGGCGGCACGGGCGGCGGCGUGGCUGCUCCUGGCUGCGGCGGCCUGCGCGCCGCGGGAGCAGGACUUCUACGACUUCAAGGCCGUCAACAUCCGGGGCAAGUUGGUGUCGCUGGAGAAGUACCGAGGCUCGGUGUCCCUGGUGGUGAACGUGGCUAGCGAGUGCGGCUUCACAGACCAGCACUAUCGGGCCCUGCAGCAGCUACAGCGGGACCUGGGGCCCCACCACUUCAAUGUGCUUGCCUUCCCCUGCAACCAGUUUGGCCAGCAGGAGCCCGACAGCAACAAGGAGAUUGAGAGCUUUGCCCGCCGCACAUACAGUGUCUCUUUCCCCAUGUUUAGCAAGAUUGCAGUCACCGGCCCUGGUGCCCACCCUGCCUUCAAGUACCUGACCGAGACUUCUGGGAAGGAGCCUACCUGGAACUUCUGGAAGUACCUGGUGGCCCCAGAUGGAAAGGUGGUAGGAGCUUGGGACCCAACUGUGUCGGUGGAGGAAAUCAGGCCCCAGGUUACAGCGCUUGUGAGGAAACUCAUCCUGAAGAAGCGAGAAGACUUAUAACCACUUUCCCUCCUCUCCCCCAUCCCCUCCCCCGACCGUGCAUGAGUGACCAAAGCAGACUGAAAUGGUGCUACAAAGGGAGAGACCACUGACUCUCCUCCACUCUUGUCCCCCCACCCCAUCACUCCUACCGGGGGAAAAUUCUAGUAGCUUGAUUAUUUGAAUCUUAGAGCAACCUCUAGGAACUCCUGACCAGUGAGAGUUCUUAACCAAUGCCUCAUCAGCCGAUAAGAACCUCUAGCCCAUGAAAAUGUGUGGCAAAUAGAAGCAUUUCAAGCAAUAAUCUCCUACCUAUAAAGCAGGGCCAAUUCCUACCUCACAGGGCUGUUGUGAGGAUGAGGAUGAAAAGCCUAUGAAAGUGCCAAGGGCAGUGCCAGCUAACCAGGAGGCAUUCAAUAAAUGGUUUUUGCAUAUGUACCAAAAAAUAAGUUGUGAUCAAUAAAAACUUGAACUCAACAUGAAUUAUAGCCAUGAGAAUCCAGGCCAAACAUUUGUAGCUGUUACUGUUUUCCUAUGUAUUUUUUUAAAUUACAAAAGUAAUACAAUUCAUUGUAAAAUAAUACAAGAUGAUACAAAAUAAAGAAUGAAAGUAUCUCCCUCA